AUGCAAGGCUGUACAGUCGAUCAUGCAGUCAUUUAUCUAGGCUCUGCUGCUGGACAAGCUUAUGUAGCACUAAGUCGUGCAAGAUCUUUAGACGGUAGUCGGAUUGGAGAACUUGAUUGGUCUAAGUUAACAGGACCUCUUGCUACAAACUGUGAAGAUGUGGAAAUCACUCAUUGUGAUGACCAUAUUGGCGAAAGUAACAACAAGCACAACAUCGGGGCCAUGUUCAGAUUCCUCUUCGUGCCACAUAGAUGGAUCUCACCUAUUCGCAACAUCCUUCGAAUUCCUGAACAAAUUUACUGA